AUGAAGUCCUUCGCAGCAAUCACUCUUCUUUGCGCGGCGCUCGCUGAAGUCGCCCACGGUCACUACAUCUUCCAGUACCUCACAGCGAACGGUGUCAAGGGAGCUCAAUACCAGAACAUCCGCAAGAACACCAACAACAACUCGCCUGUCAUCGACCUUGCAUCGAACGAUCUGCGCUGCAAUGUUGGCGGUGGAAGCGGAGCUUCGACCACCACAGUCUCAGUCGCUGCCGGAUCAUCAGUCACAUUCACAGCAGACCAAGCUGUAUACCACCAGGGACCUGUUUCUUUCUACCUGACCAAGGUCGCCAGCGCAGCUGCCGCUGAUGGCUCGUCCGAUUGGGUCAAGAUCAAGGAGAUUGGACCUACUUUCUCCGGCGGCCAAGCGACUUGGGACCUGAAGGACAACUAUUCCGUUACCAUUCCCUCUUGCGUCGCUGCUGGCGAGUACCUGCUGCGCAUCGAGCAGCUCGCUAUCCACAACCCCGGCUCGCCUCCUCAGUUCUACAUCUCCUGCGCUCAGAUCAAGGUUACCGGUGGGGAUUCGAAGACUCUCUCGCCCACUACUAAGAUCCCCGGUCACGUCAAGGCAACCGACUCCGGCUAUACGGCAAACAUUUACAACAACUUCAACAGUUACACUGUCCCUGGACCCAAGGUUGCCACCUGCUAG